AUGAGCAAUUGGAACGUUCUUCUUCCCAAUCUACAAAGGGAAAUCAUCGAGAGAAUGGAGUUUAGAGAGAGGUAAACUCCUAAAUCCUUCCCCUCUCUUGAGCCCAUUUCCUUUUCAGAUUCCGCUUCCGCCUCGUGGCCAAAUCGACGCGAGAUCUCGUCGAUGCGACACCUCUCCACAUUCCACGUGUCCGUGUUCAUCAGAAGAACAAGAACAGCGUGAUGGUGCACUUCUACCUGGGCGUCAAGAAGUCGAUGAGUGUGGAGAUCCGCCGAAUGGAUCAGUUCAAAAUGGACCUCGUCUUCGUGUACGCUCUCUCCUUUCUCUCUUAUUUCCAAUCAAAUCAUGGUCCGUCCUUCUGUUUCAGCCGUGAGAACGCCACGAAGCAGGAGAGCAACGUGAUUGCGAGAGCCGUCUCCGUGCUGCCCGGGAGCCCCCUGGUCUCCGUCGCGCGCAUCUUCCGCACCGUCGUCAUGCACCCGAACACCUCGCUCGGCGGCCUUGAACUCUUCCUGCUGCCCAACUUCACCACGAAGAUCGCCGACGACUUCCACGUGCUGACCAAUUCGUGCGAGAUGGAAACUCUGGAGAAGGUGCUCGGCACGGGCACCAUCCGCACCCGACUCCUCAAGAUUUGGUACAACACGGCAGUGAUGAAGUUUAUGAAUCAUGUGGAGAUGCAAGGGUUGGAGGAGGUGCAGGUGCUCGAGAAGAAGAAGGAGGCGACGGAGCCACCGAACGACAAUGCACGGUUUCGUGCGGAUCUGAUGAAGCGGUUAAAUAAGCGGAAGAAGUUUCUGGCGGAGUUGCGGAAGAAACGAAGGGAGCGUCGGUUGUCGGGGCUCGUCGGAUUGGUGCCCACUGAAUAUCCGAUGGGCUCGAGUUGGUCGGACCAGUCGGAGUUCUCUUGGGAGAACGGCGGCGUGAAGGAGGAGCUGGAGGAGUUCGGAAAGUCGGCCAUCUCUUCGUCGUCGAGCACGGAGCCGAUGGAAGCGAUCAUUCAUCACGUGGAGCAGCACGAGGAAGAGGAAGAGGAAGUUGUCGGGUCGGAGUCGGAGUCGGAGUCGGAGCUGGUGCUCUCUUCGAGUUUGUCGUCAGAGUACGUCUCGGAUUCGGAAGAGGAAGAGCAGGUGAGAUUCGGGGAGCCGAAUUCGGAUUCGGAAGUGUCGGAGGGAUCGGAGGGAUCGGAGAAGAUGCGAAAGUUCCAACCACCGCACCCGCCGACAGAGUUCCCUGUCGGAUCCGAAUCGGAUUGCACGGAUUCGGAGACGGAGGAACCGCUGGAAGAGGUGGAUCCGACCUCGUUCAUCGCACUUUCCUACGUGGCAGCCAUCGAGUACAAGAAGCAGAAGGCUGAUGAGAAUGCUGGAUUCGCCAUGAUCAUUGCUUGUAAGUGCAUUCUUGAUAUCAUCCGGUUACGAUAUUUUAUGCUCCAGACAACAAGUACUCGGAUCAGACUGUUACCGAUCCGAUGCAAACGCUCAAAUAUCAGUGUCCAGCGGGAAUAAUCGAGAAAAUGUGAGUGAAUGCGAGUCAUUCAUCAGAAACGCCAAUGUUGCUUAGCACGGAGGAUCUGUACUCGUCGGUCGGGAAGCCGAAAGGAUCUGACGUCGAGGCGGACUACCGAGCGUCGGUCCGUUGCGGAUUCAUGGCUCGGAGUGUGCACGAGGAGGGAUGGUUCGAGGACACGCAGGUUUGACACGUUAGAGACGACAAGAUUAUGAUGUGUUCAGUCGAAACGGCAGUGUCCGAUGAGAUAUGCGUGCAAACAGUGUGCGGAUCCGUUCGAGUACUGGUACCACAUGGUCAGGAAUGAGGUGAUUGUCAGAUUGAGCAGUCGGAACCAAGUCUGACUGGAAACUCUUUUAGGAAUGGGACUAUUUCGACGGGAAAGAGCCCGGCUACGACGUGGAAUCGAUUGUGCCGUCGACGAACGGAAACAGCUCGGUCGCGUUCCUGCUCGGUCAGCUCAUGAGCGAAUCAAACGUCAAUCGGACCAAGAUUCGAGUCAACGACUUCAUUUUCCAAUUUGUGCUCGACGAGGUGAUGAAAUCGGACAAUCCGAGAGAGGCGGACGCGAAGGCCAUCUGGGAGCGCUUCCGCGAGCAGAAGGCCGCUGAGAUUGAGGCGAUUGAGAAGGAGGAGACGGAGAAGAACGAAAAGGAGAGGACGACGAUCGGAUUGAUUGAGGAAGACGAAGAAGAAGGAGAGGAUGGAAGCGAGUGCCCGAAGCGAUUCGAGAAGGUGCCACGUGGAUGUGACUGUGGGCAGUGCGAAUAG